CCUUGGUAAUUGGGUACGUUGUGGAAUUAUGAGUUUACCCAGCGGCGUUGAUAUGCAAAAUCUCAUGUCUCAACAUCCGGUCUUAGGUGCCUUGCCACCUGCAUUUUUUCUGCGUGCUGCCUCCGAACGCUAUCAGCGUACACCGAAAUGUGCCCGUUGCCGUAAUCAUGGAGUGGUCAGCGCUCUAAAGGGCCACAAGCGCUAUUGCAGGUGGCGUGAUUGUUUGUGUGCCAAAUGUACAUUAAUUGCGGAACGUCAGCGUGUCAUGGCAGCACAGGUUGCAUUGCGUCGCCAACAGGCUCAGGAGGAAAAUGAAGCACGUGAGUUGGGUCUGCUCUACACCAAUGUACCGCCACGAGUACCAUCACAAAAUGCUGGCGGUGAGGGGACACCAGCCUCAACAACAACACCUGCAUCACAACUCAGUCCCCAGAAUACAUCGCAAAAUGGUGUUUUUCACACGGGUAUACCAUCGCCACCGAGUGAUGGUCUUGAUUCCACCUCCAGUGCAGCACAUCAUCACAGUCGUAUGCAAUUCAGUAGUAAUGGUAGUUCCGGAGGAGGUGGUUGCGGUGGUGGUGGCGGUACAAAUUCUGGUGAUUCCGAUUCUGAAAUGCGUAUACGGGCCGAAAGACUAUCAAUGGGUUUCUCACCCGAUCGUACAGAGGUUGAAAGUCCUGGUUCGAAGCGUGCACGUCUCUCCAAUGAAACCGAUCAAGACACCGGCUCCGAAUCCAACCCCAGCAGUCCACGCCAGAAAACCAACAAUUAUCACAACAACAAUGGUAAUCUAUCGCCUGCCCGUACCGGUCCUCCAAGCUCACCAGAAUCCGAUUUAGAUGUUGAUUCAGCGCCCGAUGAGGCCACCCCAGAAAAUCUCAGCUUGAAAAAAGAAGAUUCCACCUCACCGCCACACACACCCUCCGCCGAGAGUAUGCAUAUGUUGCGCAGCUUCAGCAAUGGCAACCCUCAAGGUUUUAUGCCCUAUCAUCAUACACAAUUUUUGGCAGCAGCGGCCGCAAGUGCCCAUUCCCAUGCAGUGGCUCAACAUUCACCACAUCAUCAUCAGCAGCAACAGCAGGCACAACAACAGUCACCCAUGAUGGGUCAUCAUGCUGUGGGUGGAGCGGGACCACAACAACCUCAUCAACGUUCCCCCGUAGAUGUGCUAAUGCGUGUCUUUCCCAAUCGCCGACGUAGCGAUGUGGAACAGCUACUGCAGCGCUAUCGUGGUGAUGUACUCCAGACAAUGGAGGCGAUGAUAUCCGGGGAGGAUUUAAAUCAUUUAAUGCCCACAUCGGCCCACUCACCACCCAAUGUACCACCAUCGCCACCGUUUCCUUUGAAAUCGGCAUUUUCACCAUUGGUUCCACCGGCGGCCGUUUUUGGUUCACCCACCCACCGAUAUCCACCAUUUAUGCAGGCCCAUGCUAAGCGAUUUUUGGCAGCACCCUAUGCUGGAACUGGUUAUCUACCCGGUGUUAUAAAUCCCGCCGAUUGUGAACAAUCUGAAUCGAAUGGUGGUACCUCUGUGGAUCGUAACAGUAAUGCUGGUGAUUCGCAGGAUUGAGAAAUCGAUAUGGCCGGUGGUGAAAACAACAACGGCCUUGUGUUUAGACCAUUUGAGUAACGCUGGCGUAGAACU